GUUUGUUAAUAAUACUUUUUGUAUCAUAAGGGGAAAUUCAUGCUCAGGUGAAUGUGUUGAAGAAAAGUAUAUUCUCCUGUCCUGAUGGACUGUCCCCAGUUUGUCUGGCAAAGUUGUCAUGAAGAUAAAAAGAUGGCUUUUCUAAUAGAUGUGAAUGUUCCUUUUCUGGGUUUGUUGUACAUUUUCCACUUCAGUAAGAUAUAUGAAGUCAUGCUAAUUUCUUAAAUAUUCUAGUCAUUCUAUAAUUUUAUAUAAUAGCAGCUCUGACAACAGUGCUGCCUCAAUCAAAUCAGAUAUUAGCUUAAAAAAUAGGUUGGCGAGUGGGCAAUAGCUGCUUAUAACAUCUGAUAACAGGAACUAACUUUGUUUUGCGAAUGUUCCACAAAAUUAACACUUGGACAAUAUUAGUCUUGAUGUCUAGGUAACAGUUAUCUUCUUUUUGUCCUAAUUCUUUACAGUAAUAUAAAACUUUACCCUUUAGUGGUUUAUUUGGCAUAGACAUAGUAUGGGUAGGAUUGCUAUGCUUUUUGAUUAUUGUUCUACAUCUGUGUGCAUAUAGAUCUGGUUCAGAAAUUGUGUGCCCCCUAGUUGAAUGUGGCCAGCCUUACAUACCUCAUUUAUCAGUUACUAUUCGAAACUCCCCUCCAAUCGUGUCCCCUGCUUGGUCUGGCUAUUUCUGGUGUGGUGGCCACUGGGCUCAGAUAAAAGAAGAAUCUGAAAGGUUGUUGCUUUGGCAGCUUCAGGGGGAACCAGUCAUUGUACCUCAGCCAUUCUCUCUGAGUUCAUGCUUCCUUCUUGAGUACUUGAUAUUAGACUGCCAUCUCUGUAGCUUGUUGCCUGCUCCUGCUGCCAGCUUGGUUUGAUGUUUAGUGAACAUGCGGGCUGUAAAGUGGCCUGCUUCUUCUGCCUGUGACCCUGCCACUGUGGAGGUCAAGAUGGAUGACCUGCACCAUAAACUAGACCAGCUUUUAGCACGCAGCUCUGGGGGAAGCUGCCCAAUGUGUGGGAUCUGCACCCAACACAGCAGGCAGCAAGAGGCUACAGCUAGUCAGCUCUCAGCUCAGGCUAAGCUCCUCGAGAACCUGGAGAGGAAAGUCAUGGACCUGAGGAAUGCGCUGGAGGAACUGACGCACAGUAUAGAAGGGAGGUCUGGUGACAAAAUGUCUGUACCUUUAGCAGUACUGCAAAGAAGGAAAUCUUUGCCUGUACGGGUAUCAGUGGAUGAAGUCUAUGUGCAGUUGGAUAAACUCAGAGAUCAAAAAAUAAUCCAGCAUACUUUUAAUGCACCCUGUGGGAAAGGUCAGGAAGACAUUCUGAUUGAAGACACAGAAGGUGAGGGGCUAAGAGGCAAUGGAUCGCCAUUCAGAAAUGAUUGUGCAGAAAACAAAGCUCAGCAUGAUCCUCAAUCACACAAAGAUAACAAAGAUUUAUCAAAAGUAACCCCACGCUGGGCAACACAGCCUGGGAAUAAAACACCAAAUAUAGCCAAGACUGGCGAAGUGAAAUCACCAUUAAGCCAAAAUAGUUCCAAGACAACAGGGGUGGCUUGUUGUACAGCUGCAGCAACCUCAAAGAUGGAUACACCUCCACAAAAAAUGCUUACACGUCCAUCAAUGACGCAUAUUCCAACACCAGAGAUGAUUACUCCACCACCAAGUAUAAGUCCAGCGCCAGUGGAGAUGACCGCGCCAAAACCAAAGACGAGUAUGCCUCCACCAAAAAUGGAGACAAUUACACCUUCACCAAAGAUGAUCACUCCUCCACAAAAGGUUGUACCAACGAUUCCAGCUACAAAAAGCACAACAGCGACAACACAAAACCUAACAUCAAAGACCACAAAAGCUCCUGUUCCCUUUAAGGCAGCUGUGUCUUCACCUACCACAACAACCAUACAAACUUCAGUAGCAAGAUCUACAGCACUGGCAACAAAUCAGAAGAUCCCAGCUUUAUGGACUGCUCCAGUCACAACAACAUCUCCAGCUGUGGUUACGUCCAUGUCCAGUAAUCUACCAAGGUUUAAUGUAACAGAUAAUACUGCACCAAUAUCAUCAGUCUAUAGUCUUCAAAAGGCAAAUUUGGAAGUUCCUGUUGUAAUGUCCCAAGGCAAAAAGUCUUCAUUUAAAUCCUCACAAUCACCUGUGCUGGAAACAGUAGACUCAAAAUUAUCCCAUCCAAAUGGCACUAUCACAAAACCAAUACUGACACCAAAGACAAUUGGACUUCCUCUCACAAGUUUGGUCACCUCCAUGCCCAAUUCUCCACCAGAACCCUCAGCUACAGAGAACGUGGCACCAAGCCAUAAACUUCCAAUGGUGAUGAACAUUGGUGCUCCUGUGGCGACACCACAAAACUUAGACAAGCCUUCAACAAAUGAACAAACAACAAAAACACUAGCAACUAAACUGUCUACAAUAUCACCCCCCACACCAUCAGCAGCAGCCUCCUUUCUCAAACAUGUCUACAGCUGUCCUGACUCCUUGCAAAGUCUUCAGGGCCCUGAAGGAAAGGCUGAGUCUGCUACCAAGGCAACACCGCUAUUUGGGAAGCCUGGUAAUGCAUCAUCAGGAGUCACCUGCACCGGACCAAAUAAGACUGCAGGAAUACAGAUCAAAAUAAGUCCAGCGACUGAGAGAACCACAAGUCAGAACAAAAUGCCACCCAAAACCUGCUUCAAAAUUAUAGAUGAUGUUCCUCCACAGCCAGCGCCUUUCUCACACCGGUGUGUGUCUCUAAAGACGAGUCCUCCAUCUGACUUCAGCAUCCACACCCGAGAAGUGCUAGGAGGCGGACGUUUCGGCAAAGUGCACAAAUGCACUGACAAUAAAACCGGGCUAAGACUGGCAGCAAAGAUCAUCAGUUCGAGAAGUGCCAGAGAGAGGGAAAUGGUGCUGAAUGAGAUCGAAGUAAUGAAUCAGCUGAAUCACGCCAACAUCCUUCAGCUGUUUGAUGCCUUCGAGACCAAAAAUCAAGUAGUGUUGGUACUGGAGUAUGUGGAGGGAGGCGAGCUGUUUGAGAGGAUUGUGGAUGAGAGCUGUCCCCUGACUGAAGUGGACGCCAUGGUGUUUGUGAAGCAGAUCUGCGAGGGAGUCCAGUACAUGCACCAGAUGUAUGUCCUUCACCUCGACCUAAAGCCAGAGAACAUCCUUUGUGUGAAUCGGUCGAGUCAUCAGAUCAAGAUCAUCGACUUUGGGCUUGCCAGAAGGUACAAACCACGAGAAAAGCUCAGAAUUUCAUUCGGGACACCUGAGUUCCUGGCACCAGAGGUGGUCAACUUUGACUUUGUUUCCUUCCCUACAGAUAUGUGGACUCUAGGAGUUGUCACAUACAUGCUAUUAAGUGGCCUAUCUCCAUUUCUGGGUGAUGAUGACAGCGAAACCCUAAACAACGUAUUAACAGUCAACUGGUAUUUCGACGAGGAGACCUUUGAGCAUGUCUCAGCUGAGGCCAAAGACUUCAUCUCCAACCUGCUCAUCAAAGAGAGGAGUGGACGUCUUAGUGCUGCUCAGUGUCUUAAGCACCCCUGGCUGAAUAAUAUAUCAGAGAAAGCAAAGGGCAGCAAUAUUGUCCUAAAGUCGCAGGUUCUCCUCAGGAAAUACAUGGCCAGGCGGCUGUGGAAGAAAAACUAUAUCGCUAUAGCAGCAGCCAAUAGGUUUAAGAAGAUUGGCAGUUCAGGAUCCCUCACAUCACUGGGAGUUUGAAAUGUUACUCAUCACUGAAUUGUAAUGUUAUUUUAUCAUGUCUGUGCAGUUUCUGGUUAAAGAGAUCAUGAUAAUAUCUAAAGAUAAACAGAAGUCAUGUUACAGUUAUUUAUGUAGAUUUUAUUCUUGCCUCACGCCCAGUGUUCUCAGGAUAGGCUCCAGAGACACCAUGACCCUGAUGAGGAUAGAGCGGUUACUAAUGAUUGCAACAUUAGACUUUUAGCUCCAGUGCAAAGUGAAGAAGUAAACCUCAGACACCAAACAGGGCUUGGCUUAUAGACCACAUAUGAUUUUCAUUUCUGUGUAACCUUUUUUCCGUUAUCGCUGUAAUAAGAAUAGGAAACACGUUAGUGAAAAAAAACACCACAAUUCCCCACAAUAUGAAUAUGAAUAUGAAUUAAUACUUAACAACUAUAGACUAUUAGUUUUAAGAUUGCUGAACUGAUGUCAUGUCUUGCUUAAGAUUAAACUUAAACCAUGUCUUAACAAUAUGUAUUUUUCUUUAUUAAGCA